AUGAUCUCGAAUGAUGCAGAGAUGAAACGUAUGCGUCAAAUGGAACAAUCGACCGAUUCGACUCAACGUGGUUGCACAUCAUCGCUAUUAAUGUCAUGUAUUAUUUUAACAUUAACUACAGCAUUUGUCUUUGGUUGGGGUCUUGCUGCUCCAAAUAUGUACAGUCACUAUACAGAACUAUUUCUCAAAGGAGAAAAUCCUUGUUCGAUUGAGGGUGACGUUGCGAUUCAAUCGAAACAAAAUUUAACUGCGACAAAUUCGAUUAAUGUUAAUAGUAAACUCGAUGUUAUGAGCAAUGAGGAUUAUGCUGGCAAUGAAAAGAAUAUCAAUCCAAAUUUUCAACUUUCACCAGACACUCAACAUGUGAAUAGAGAUAGCAACAACAAUAUGGAAACAAAUAUGAAAAAAAAACGAUUCGAUUUUGUUAAUGAAUUGAUCAAAGGUAUUCCACAAACGAUCUUUUUAGUUGGCGCUUUCAUUGGUGCACUGACUGGCCCAUUCUGGUUGAAAGUUAUCGAUCGAAAACAAGCAGUUUAUGUUAAUUACAUAUUUACCUUUACCUCAUCACUUUGUAUGCUUCUAUCUUUCUAUCUUAAUGUUUCAUGGCUUUUCUAUCUAAGUCGUUUCCUACUAGGUUACCAAGGUGGCAUGGCCUGUGUUGUUGUACCAUCUUAUAUUGGUGAGAUCGCUUCACAGCGUGUUCGUGGUAGAGCUGGUUCUGCCUUCCGCUUAUCUUUAACUAUUGGUAUUCUAAUUGCUCAAGUAACAGGUAUGCCAUUCAUGGCUGGUAAUUGUUAUUCUUGGGGUUGGGGUCUUGCCAUUGUCUCCUUGUUGCCAUUUAUUGGUUUGUUUCUUCUUUUUCUGAUACCGAAUUCGCCCACACAAAUGAUUGCCGUAUACAAUAAUGAAGAACAAGCAAGAGAAGAUCUAAGAAAACUACGCGGUACAGAAAAUGUUCAAGCUGAUAUUGACAUUAUUCAUCAACAGAUACAACAACGAACUAGUGGUAGCCAAUCAAAAGUUUUAUCAAUUCCGAAGGUGCUCAUCUCUGCUCGAUAUCGUUGGCCAAUGUUAACUACUAUGAUUCUUCAAUGGUCGCAAGCAUUAUCUGGCAUUAAUGCCAUAUUUUUCUAUUCAUCGAAAAUGUUUCUCAAAGCAGGCAUUUCACCAGCGAUGAUUCCAUAUGCCAACAUGGGUACCGGUUUGAUCAAUGUCAUUGCAACUCUUAUUGGAUUGUCACUAAUCGAACGCAUAGGUCGUCGGGCCUUGAUUGUCUACCCGAUGGUAGUUAUGGUCGUAGUCUUUGGUGUUCUCACUUUUCUGAUUGAAUGCAAUGAAGAUCGCAAUAGUACACGGCUAGGUGUUAUUGCAGUCAUAUUCGUGUUCAUCUUUCUUGUUUGCUUUUCUAUUGGACUCGGUCCUAUUCCUUUCUUUUAUGCUAAUGAAGUUUCCAGACCUGAAGCACGUGAUAGUAUUCAAGCAUUAGGCUUUGUUGUUAAUUACGUUGGCAAUAUUCUUCUGUCGCUCUUCUUUCCUGCAUUUAAUUCAAUGCUUGGCGGUUAUGUUUUCUUAAUUUUUCUUUUUUUCUUACUUAUAAGUCUAGGUUUUCUCUGGUUGAAAAUGCCUGAAACAAGAAACAGUACCAUUGGAGAUUUAGAGAACUUCUGGAAGAUUCCUUCGAAUCCACCAAAUGAUUCACUUAUCGUACCCUGUGUGAAAACAUGA